ACCGGUGUUUCCAUGGAGCCGGCUGUACACGGCCUCGACACACGGCACAACUGAGCGGCAGAGACGAGCCCCGGUCUGCGGGACGGCAGAGCGCUGGAUGUCAGGAAACGACAUGAAAAGUUUUCUAAAAGGGUCCAGUGGGAUCCAUCCACUGAAAGCUAAGACAACGUACAUCGGUCGACUCGAGGAUUCUGACGUGUGCUUGAAGAACGGAGGAAUCGAAGAUCGCCACGCUCUGAUUGAGCUAAGCGAUACCGAGAACUGCUUUGUCCUUCAGGACCUGAACUCCGUAAAUGGGACUUUUGUUAAUGACUGUUGUAUCCAGAAUGCAGCGGUUCGGUUGGCACCAGGGGAUGUGCUGCGCUUUGGGAUUGGUGGGGACACUUACGAGAUGGUGGUGGAGACUGUACCUUCGGUGCUGUGUCCGCCUGUGAGUCAACGUUCAGCAUGGCCUGGUCACCUCCAGCUCAUCGAGGAUGCCAGGUCUUACUCUACCCCUGCUGCCACUUCCCAGCUCCCAACGCUCUCCACCCUGAGUUCCGCAAGUGCCCCUGGUGGGUUGGUCCAAGGAGGGAGUUCAGCUGUUCCCCGCCCGCCCCUGAGAAAGUGGGCGGCGAGUGCGGGCACCAGGCGGGUGGCUACCACCUACUGCACUGACAGCAGCGGCAACCCCCCUGCCGUCACGCGAGGGGCCUGGACUAACACUCCAGGUCGGUCUGUGGAGAACAGGCCUCCUAUCUCUACCUUUCAGAGCCUGGAACUUCUCCUACACGAGAAGGAGCAACAAAUCCUGGGAAUGCAAGUUGAGAUCAGCCGGCUGGCUGUUUUUGAAAGCAAGUCCAAGCACAAGGAUGGCAUCAUUGUCACGUUACGUGAUGAGGUUGCUGCCUUGAGGCACCAAUUGACGGAAGCAAAUAAUGAUGAGUCAGAGAUCACACAGCAUAUAGUCACACUAGGCUGUGAGAUUAAAGCCAAGAAGGAGGAGAUUGAGAUGCUGAAAAAUCAGAUUACCAAGCUUCAGAAGGGCUCCAGUGAGAUAAUGCGGCAUUCUCUGACGGAAAGGGACCUGGAGAUUGCUAAGCUCAAGAAGGAAGCCGAACAGCUAAAGAAAGACAACAACAUUAUCACAGGACUGGUGACCAGCUUGCAACGCGAGGUCACAGCGAAGGAACACCAACUGCUGCAGGUAAACGCGGAGGUAGAGGGACUGAGGAAAAUAAUCCAGGAGAAGAGCAAUCAACUGGCAGACAUGUCGGCCAAGUUUUCAAGAAUGAGAGAAGCCAACAAUCACCAAGAGGAGCUGGUGGCCAAAGAGAAGGAACUGGUGACCCAGAGGCAUAAUGUGAAGCAGCUGGAGAGCCGACUGAAGGAGAUGGAGUCAGAGAUCGAGCAGCUUCGUGGUCAACAGGACAACGAGAAGAGAAGUGCGUCUGAGGAGAGGCUGGUCCGGGAACAGCUCCAGGAUGAGCUGGAGAGGACCAGGCUCCAGCUGCAGGAGAUGGGCCGAAGGGAGCGGCUGGUGAAGGUGGACCUGGAGCAGGCCCAGGCCAGGGUGAUUGAGGAGAUGACGCAGAUCAUUGAUGAGCGGGAGGAGUUCAAGGAGAAACUGCAGGAGGCGAUGGAUUUGAAAGCGGCGGAGGAGGAGGAGAGGUUCGGAAACAUGGAGGGACUGAGCAGAGCGCUGGAAGAGAGCGAGGCUCGUCUGCGCACUGACUUUGUGAAUCAUGUCAAGCAAGAGUUUGAGACACUUCAAGCGCUCUCAGUUGACCAGACUCUGCUGUGGGUCCAGAACGUUGUCACUGGCAUUUUAAAUGCCACUUUGUUAUGGUUGCACCAAUUGGAACAGAACCUUGUGGAUGCUGGGAUAGACGUAUCAAGUUGUGAAGGAGGAAUCAGUGGAUGUCUCCAGUUGCUGCCACAGAAACUUCACAAGGCAGAGGAGCAAGCAAAAACAUUACAGGAGCAGGUGGAUCAGAUGCAGAAUUCCAGGGAUCGUGAGAGAGAGGAGCAGCUGAAUGCUGUGCGGGCACAGUGCAAGCAACAGAUGGAGGAAGAGAUUAGACGCUGGCGGUCAGAGGUUCAAGAGCAACACAAGCAGCAACUCGCCGAGGCGUUAGCUCUGGAGAAGGGGCAACUCGCCAAGGCGUUAGCUCUGGAGAAGGGGCAACUCGCCGAGGCAUUAGCUCUGGAGAAGGAGAAGCGGGUGGAAGCAGUGGAGGAGGAGAAGAGGAGGCAUGAGGAAACGGAACUUCGUCUCCAGGAGCUGAGAGAGAGUGCAGCGGUGAAGUGUCAGGAGGUGGAGACGCUGAAACUGCAGCUGAAUAACACAUCACAAGCACUGGACGAAGCAAGGAAGAUGGAGGUUGGUCUGCGCGAGGAGCUGGCAGCUCAGAAGCGACAGCAGAGAGCAGAGAGCCAGGAGCUCAGGGAUCGAAUUGAAGUUGAGGGACGGAGUCACCUACAGGAGGUCACAGAGUUCAAGGAGCAGAUCCGGCAACAUUCUCUGACAAUCGUGGCCCUGGAGGAGAGGCUGCUCACAGUCAGUAAACAGCAACAGGUGGCAGAAGAGGAAAGAAUGAUCCUGUCAGGAAAAUUGAAAGACGCUAGGAAGGAUCCGGAAGAGGUGGAGAGGAAUCGGUCCAUGAAGCGGCCGGUGCAAACGCCGUCACCCUUGAUGGUGCCAACAGCAUCCGACAUUCAUGCACAGGAACAGAUCUGCUCUGCACUCCAAAAAGAGCUAGCGGAGACUCGGCUGCAGAUCCUGGCCCAGCAGGAUGUUAUCGUGGGAUUGAGAAGGGAUCUGGCUGGUGCAAACGCCAAGAUGUCUGACCUGGCAGGAGAGCUGAGUGAGAGACAGAAGGUGGAACUGGAGCAGAACCGAAGUUUGGUCCGUAGCCAGGCGCUGGAACUGAGCACUCUGCGGCAGCAGCUGGCCAAGAUGUCCCAGCUGGUAGACAAGAAGAAUGAAGAACUCCAAGGCAGAAACACAGAGCUGAGGGCCUGCAAGGAGAAGCUAGAAGAGCAGAAGGCUACAAGGAAGGAGAAGGAGAUGCUGUGCAGGAAGCUGCAGCAAGAACUCAGUGAACGAGAUAACCAGCCACAUCAGAACAUCGUGCAUGCUGAGUUGCAGGAUAAGGUGAACUCUGACCUCGCGAUGGUUGCUGCGCAGUGCAAAGGUGACCGCCAUGUGGAGGUUAUUCAGCGGCAGCGAGAAGCCCUGGCUGAGUUGCGAACCAGGAUGAGGGCUCUGGAACAAGCGCACACUCCAAGAACCAGCCAGGAAGAAGCCUUACAGAACUUGAUGAUUCUGAGGAAGGAGCUGGCGGCCUUGCAGACCCAGCGAAUGCUCAUCAAUAACAAAUCCCCCGGCAGCUCCUUACAAAGUAACGACGAAGCUAAAGUGAAGUAUCAAGGUGAAUCCUUUGCCCUUUCUAAUGCUUCCAUCGAGAGGACUUCAUUGCUGGAAAUGUCUGAGACCCUGGACCUCAGCGAGAGGACUUACCUCGACCUGGUGAAGGCUCUCUCAAGCCUGCUCAACGUGAAGGAGCUGUCAGGCUCGCUUUCUCUGAAGCACAUUCCGCAGGACGAGAGGGAGAGGCUGGGGAAAGCCCGGCAGAGGGAUGUGCAGCUGCUGAGUGGUGGCAUCGGUCAGCUGAAGACCCAACUGGUGAGGAAAGACGAACUCCUGGGAAGUUACGAGAAAGACCUGGAACAGCUGAGGUGCUUGCAGAUCACCCUGCACAAAAAGCAGGCUGACGUGGAGAUCUUACAGGGGCAGCUGCAGAGCCAGACUGAGGAGAACGGCCUGUUGCGAGAGUCCAUGGAGCGAAUGCAGUCACAUUUUGACCAGGAGAAGAGAUUGAACAAAGCCAACAAGCAACGUAAGACCAUCCAUGUAGAACAGUUGGAGAGAAAAGGAAGCAAGUCCCCGUCUCAUAGCUGUGUGAAGGAGGAUAUUCACGGCAAGGCCGAGGCUCGUCGGAAGAUGAUGGAGGAGAAGCUGAAGAGGAAGGAUUAUGAGAUUGAGGUGCUGAAGAGAGAGCUGAGGAAGCAAGGCCAAGACCUCUGUGACACCACGACACGCCUCAUCAACCUCGAGAACUCUUUGGUAUGCAAGCACCAUGCACAGGUUUACUGUGAGUCAUCUCAUGUGUAACCUGUAUACAGCAUUUCUCAAGCUUAAAAUUCAUUACAAAGCCCUGAAAUCUGCCGGGACCCAGAGGAUUGAACACUCCACACCUUGCUGAAUGUUAGAAGUCCCUACGUAAAGCGAAUCUGAGGUAGUCCUUGGAGCUCAAAUGAAGCUAAACUGAGAUACGCAUUGGGAGUGAUUUAAAUUAUUUUGUAUUUGUUUUAGAGAUACAGCCCCACAACUGGCACUGCACAAACACACACCUAUUUAACCCUAGCCUAAUCGCCAGGCAACUUACAAUGACUAAUUAACUUACCAACCAUCUUUGGAAUGUGGGAGGAAACUGGAGCACCCGGUGGAAACCCACACGUUCACGGGGAGGACGUCCAAACUCCUUCUAGACGGUGUCAGAAUUGAAAUCCGAACUCCAACGCCCCGAGCCGUAAUAGCAUCACGUACACCGUUAUUAUGUGGAGGAAGCUCUAGUUUCAACCAUUCUUGGAGUAAUUGAUAACAGGCAUUGGGAUGGAAGGCUCCAUUCCCUCUGCCUUGACCAGCUUAUCGUUUAUGUCAAAAACUGAUGCGCUCAGCACUCAGAACAUCUUCAAGGCUGAUAACCCAAUGGUGUGACUGGGCCAAGUGCUGGGAAUGGCAGCACAAGGCAUUGGCUGGGAGGAAUUAACAUGCCUAAGGGACUGAAUAAUCAAGUUCACUUGAAAUGAUGGGAUAAUUUGAGCACUUUGAUCAUAUCUCAACUGACCUUAAUCUAGCUCCAAACAUUCUCUUAGGCUCAGUGCCAGCUCUCUGUGUCACCGACUGCGUUUCUGUUGAUAUUAGCUGGACUCUUUUGGUGUACCUUUAUCACACUGGUACUCGUGAUUAUACCGUCAGCUUGUUGUUCAAUAAUAGCAGAGAAAAAUUAAAUGAUUGCAAAAGAAAAAUUAAUCCUAAUUACUUGGUAACAUCUUUAAUCUUCAGUCUGGGAGUCCUUUGGCUAGGAUUUGGGAUCAGACUGUUAGAAUUAUUUACAGUGGGGAGGGUGACAUCAGCCUUGUUGUGAAAGUUGGUGUUAAAGAGAGCUCUGUUUGGAAACCGUGUUACAAUCAAACCUGAAGUGACCUGCAAGGAAGCUACAAAGCUGCUUCAAGAAGCUGAAAGGUCAGCUGCCUGUACAGUAUGAGGCUGGAACGCUUUCUCACUGUAAGACAAUGCAGCCCUACUCCAGAAGGCACUGACCUCAGGUAUUGUGGGCAUUUAAAGACGAAAAAGAUGAAGUUUUGAGAGAUCGUGGAAUUGAGGGCUGUGGGGACCUGGCACGAAAGAGGAGAUUAGGCCUAGGACAGAUCACCCAUGAAUAUACAGAAUGAUGAAGCAGAUAAGAGGGGCUGAAUGACCUACCCCUGCUCCUAUUUUCUUAUAUGAAACUGAAUCCUUUACAUUGAGCAAGUUACUUGCUAAUAAACCUUCACAUGCAUCUACUAAUGCCUGAGGAGUUUACAUAAAAUCAUAAGAAAUUUCCACUAGAGGGAGGAGACACUCAGAUACAGAAAGGCCUCAGCCUCAGAAACAGGCUCUGAAUUUAAGCUCGAAUUGGCCCUUUCCCAUAUAUUAAAUGAUUGAGAUUGUUCUCUGCUCUGCAGAAGGCUCAGAUUCUCACAGGGAUUCAGGAUCUGCAGGCGCCAAACUCCUCACCCUGUACGUUUGGAUGCUCAGUUCUGUGGGCAGCUCACCCUGAAGGGAAACAGGCAC